UUUAUUUAUACAACACUACUACGCGGCGGCGGGCUUGUUAUUGAGGCGGGAGAAUGGCUCUGCCCUUCAGUGCUAAGGGUUUGAGGCCCUCGCAGGUGGUCUGCGCUAUAGUUUUCGUGAGGAUCCUGUCCGUAUUCCUGGUACAGACUUGGUAUGUGCCGGACGAGUAUUGGCAAACCCUGGAAGUGGCCCAUAAGCAAGCAUUUGGGUAUGGAGCGCUGACAUGGGAGUGGCAGAAGGGGAUAAGAAGCUACCUGUAUCCUAGUGUUGUGGCGGUAUUGUACACUAUUUUGAAGUAUACUGGACUGGAUUAUCCCGAGGCUGUGGUCAUUCUACCCCGCAUCCUCCAAGCAUUGCUAAGCUCCGCAGCCGACUACAGCUUCUACAAAUGGACCGGCGGCCGCAAAUGGUCCCUAUUCCUGAUCCUGACAUCUUGGUUCUGGUUCUACACGUCCGGCCGCACCCUGCUACAGACUGUGGAGACUGCACUGGUUGUCAUAGCUCUGUCUAAGUUCCCGUUCAAGGAUGGAAGAUUGGGCUAUUAUGAGAAAGAAAACAACUCAUGGCUGUGGUUGGCUUGCCUCAGCGUGUUUCUUCGACCGACGUCCGCGGCGCUGUGGGCCGUGCUUGGCGCCUACAAUCUGUUCACCACCAACCAAGGGCGUCUCCGACUAUUAACUCGCACAUACAUACCUAUUGCCCUCGCCACCGCCGGUCCUCUGAUCGCCCUGGACUCGUACUUCCACGGCGGUUUGAUUGUGACCCCCUGGGAGUUCUUCCGCUUCAACGUGCUACACGACAUCGCUUCCUUCUACGGGAAGCACCCGUGGCACUGGUACCUCUCCCAAGGCCUCCCAGCGGUCCUCGGCAUCAACCUGAUUCCCGUUCUACUGGCAAUAUACUCCGUCCUCCGUCGCCCUAAAGAGAAUAAAACUGGCCUACUGCUCCUAACUGCGGUCGCACUACAUGUAGCAUUGUACAGUUUCAUCGCCCACAAGGAGUUCCGGUUCGUCCUGCCGCUGCUGCCGAUCCUGCUGUAUUUGGCCCAAGACGUCAUCGCGCCGUGGAGUAGGAAAGCCAAGAAAUGGCAACUAUACCUCGUCGCCCUGGCCAUCCUCAUCGGCAACGCCGUGCCCGCGCUAUACUUCGGCAUCGUGCACCAGAGCGGCACGCUCAAGGUGAUGCCGCUGCUGCGAGACUCCUUGCCUAACAACCGCUCCUCCGUGCUCUUCAUGAUGCCUUGCCACUCCACGCCUCUAUACAGUCACCUCCACGUAAACAUCACAGCCCGCUACCUGAACUGCGACCCGCCCAUAGGCAAAACCGGCGACACCUACGAAUCGGAAGCCUUCUUCCACAACCCCCAGGCUUGGUGGCGUAGAGAAUACAACAGCAGGCAACCGCCUACUUUUGUAGUUCUUUUUGACGUGCUGAAGGGCAGAGUCGAGAGUUUGCUGGCUGGAUAUAGACAGAUAUAUGAACUGCCCCAUACACAGUUCCCCGAAGGCGAGGUGAGCGCGAACGUGCUGGUGUACCAGAGGAACGACCGGCCGAAGCCCGUCGACGACACCGUCUAACGUCCGUUAAUACAUCUUAACUACCUAUUA